CCUCGCAAAUUGUUUUUCGCGAUCGCGGGGGUUUCUCAGCGGCGUUUGUACACUCCCCUUUCGCAUGGCGUUACGAGCCCGGUCCCGGAGAAAGUGUUUUUGUAUCUCGCGAUCGUCGUUUGUCUUUUUUUUGGCAAGAGUCGUGCAAAAAAGUGCCGUUUGGUGAGAUUUGACUUGUUGACUUUGCCGCAGACUCGUUCGAUCCGAAAAUACGUCGCCGCACAGUAACACUCGAUUAAUGGACGCUACUGCGUUUCUUCUUCGUUGGUUCCCUUGCUCCACUUGCUUUCACAAGUUGCUUAUGCUAAAACAUUCCAAGAAAGUUUCAUUUGCACUAAUGAGCUCUGAACCACGUAUAACUAUGCGUAUCAAUGUGUAGUUUUAAUGGGUGACAUUUCUUGAGAUAUUUGAUAAAAAAAAGGUACUGUUAAAGUAAACAAGGGCAAAGUAAUCAGGGUGCUAACAAGAAACUUUUAAUUGAUAUUGACUGACACCUUCAGAAUGACGUCAAAAGUACUGAUGAAACUACCAACAGUGCCCUUUCCUCAAGGAAAGAAAGCACCGCCUGAUCUGGUUUCCUUAACCGAGAGAAAUGAGGGAUUCGCGCAUGUUAGGCAUCAAAGUCUAAAUGUAGAUAGAGUGAUGCAAUUGGAACAAAACAUGAAGUUCUUACAGGAACAACAUCAGAUAACUUUGGUCGCCUUACAUCAGGAGAUAGAAUGCUUGCGCCAAAGAAAUAGAGAUUUGCAAUUUCAAUUAGUUUUUUCCAAGAGAGCACACUAUGGCGCAGCUAGUAGUCCUUCUUCGCCCGAAGAUAAUGGAAAUGGGUUUGCGAAAUCAAAGGGUAGCCCAACAUGUGUUAACAUAACACCUCUGCAGGUGGAGCUUCUGGAGAAAGACUUACAAGACAUUAAGAUGUCAUUACAAGAGGCAAAAACACAUAAUCAAUAUUUGUCCAACGUUAUAGAACAGCAAAAGAAGAAAUUGAACACAACGGAAGAUCAAAAGAACAAAAUCGAAAUGGCGGACGUAGGAAUUCAAGUCGGAGAUCCCGUGCAAGCGAGCUUAGUUGUACUUCUCGAGGAAUCGUACGCGAUGGUAAAACGAUUGCACAAAGAGAACAUGGAUCAAAAGAAGGAGAUAGCUUCGUUAAGAGCAGCUUCUUCGGCAAAUAACGCUGGUACCAGUAGAGGUGGACGCUCCCGCGACGGUAAUAAUGGUCAUUACAAUCGUAGUUCGUCCACAACACAGGAACAGAACUCUCGUAAAUUUCCACCGUUACCAAUACCGAGCUAUUGGCAUCGUAGAUCAUCGAGGUACAGCGCAAAUCGACACGAGAAGCAAGAUCAUCAAGCGGACACGGAAUCGACUGUUCUGCCGCAACUCCCGAACGGCAACGUAAAGUCAGCUGACGCGGCUAGUUUCGAAUCGCCGUCUUAUCGAUCGCGCGAGUAUCGCAAUUACGGCCGCGACGGCAAUAAUCGCAAGUACCGAGGUCAAGCGUCGCGAAGAGACAGUAAUCAUCAUCAUUACCAUUCUCGCGAUUUCAAAGAUAGAAAUUCCAAGGAUCAUUCGAGAGACAUGAACGACACUGGUGAGGGUUCAGGGAAAAACACGGAUAAUCCUCGGAGACAGUAGAUCAUGAAAUAUACGACAGCCAAAGAUUACGCGAUUUGACGAACUUUAGUCAUUUGGAGCGCAUUGAGAAUUUCGAUACCAACUAUACCAACUAUAAGACUUAUAUUGAUAACGAGUGAUCAAUGUUUUCCUCACUGGUGCUGAUCGAUCACAACAGUCUCGUACAUAUAUAGCAUGUAAUAGGAUAGCGACGACGAAUGAAUUAUACAAUUUUCGAUGGAACAAUCUAGUCUGUAUGCUAAUUUUACUCGUUAUAGGCUGCCACAAAGAAAUGUAGGAACUCGCGCUUUGUAGAUUGACGAUAAUCAACAGAACGAAAAAACUUUUUGCUAGACGAGAAGACUUUUUUUCUUCCUGCAGAAAAGAACGAGAAGAGACAUUCCCAAGACUUCAGUAUAAUAAAUGAUAGCUUUUCGGCUGAAGCCUUUCAUACUUCACAGAUUUAAGCUUUAUAUUCGUGCAAUAAUCCUAUAUGCAGUCAAUGCAUAUGUGUACGUGUAUUAAAUUUUUAAUCGAUAAUGAAGCAUGAAAGAGUCGAAUCUAGUCAUUUUCAUGUAUUCUAUUGAAACGAUAAAUCGUUGAACGAUUUAACAUUAUAUACAUAUAGAUAUAUAAACACAAAUAUAUAUACAUAUACAUAUGUAUAUAUCCUUAAUUUUAUAUUACUUUUAUGUAUCUAUGUUUCUGUAAUCUACACUAUUAAUGUAUUUUCUUAUGUAUAUACAAUGCAUCAUGUUUCAUAAAAUUGAAGAUAAAUUUGAUUUUAUUUCGAUCUUGUGAUAUAAUUACAAUGUGGCUUAGGUGUUAAAAUAUGCGCGAUUUAAUUGAAUUUAUUUUUCUUUAUUCAAAUUUUUUAUUGACCUUUUUUUAAUGUUUUCAGCUGCGAAAUAUUUAAAGACUAUGGACUUGCCUGGACAUUAGCUAAAAAUUUUCGUAAUUUCUACUUGUAAUUAAAUUCUGAUUUUAUAAAAUAUGUAGAAUGUAUGUAGUAUUAUUAUAAAUUUAUUCAUUUUAGGACAAUUUGCAGAUAUUCUGCAGAAUAACAUGGAAAAAAUUUGCCACGUUAAUCGAAUUAUAAUACAGGAAUACUUUAUAAUUAUGUAAACUCUUGUACGCUUAUGAAUGGAUGAAUUAUCAAAAUAAUAUAAUAUCACAACAACUAUGUGUGUAAUCUAUUUUUUAAAAACCGGUCUUCUAAUGAGAUUAUUCCAUAUAUAAAUGUUCUAUCAAAUCUUUAAUGUACAUUAAAUAAAUCUUUCUGUAUAUCAGU